AUGAAGAAUCCAGUGAUUUUUGGCCUGGCCUUCCUGGCUGUCUACGUCAGAGGAGCAUCUGUAGAAUCUCAGUCAGAUGUAACACUUGUUGUAACACACACAGAUGUAACACACACGCCAACUGAGAAUUGUGAAGAAGCUAUGGCUCAAUCUGCGGGCGACGAGGCACCACCUGAGUUUGUAGAACUGUUCGAAUCACUCAAAGAAAUUGGAUAUGAGUCUCGGGAAAAUGAAACAUUGUCUAACUCUACAAAAGUAAUUGAAUCUGUUGACGCAGUAUUACCUGAGUUUGAAAUAAUGCAGAAUGUGUCAUUAAGAGCAAUCAACAAACUAGAUUCUGAAACAGAUUAA